UCUUGUCUUUCUAUAGGGCUGAAAGACACACAGGAGUCUUCAUGGAUAUAGUUGAUACAUUUAACCAUUUAAUUCCUACUGAACACUUAGAUGAUGCCCUAUUUCUAGGAUCCAACCUGGAGAAUGAAGGCUGUGAGGAUUUUAGUACAAGUCAAAAUGUCUUAGAGGAUUCGCUGAAGAACAUGCUCAGCGAUAAGGAUCCUAUGCUAGGAUCUGCAAGUGCCCAGUUCUGUUUGCCUGUUUUGGAUAGCAAUGAUCCCAAUUUCCAGAUGCCUUGUUCAACAGCUAUUAGUCUUGAUGAUAUUAUGGAUGAAGAAGGAGUUAAAGAGAGUGGUAACGACACCAUCGAUGAAGAUGAGCUGAUUUUACCUACCAGGAGUUUGAGGAGCCGGUCGGAAGAGACAUCAGUCACAUCACCAAGAAAAUCUCCACGCUUAAUGGCGCAAGAACCAGUACGGAGUUUGCGGCAGAGCACCCUAGCAAAGCGUUCAAAUGUUGCACCUCCUGUUAGUACCAAGAAGUCAUCUGUGAAGUGUGGGUCUGCUCUGAAAACAGGACAGAAACAAGAGAAAAGUCCAGCUAAAGAAACAGAUGUUGCUACACCCCUGAAGGUGGAACAGCCUAAAGAAGUUAGGCGUAGUACAAGACUCUCUAGACAGGCAGAAGCAAUAACAGCAGUAACAGCUUCCCAAAGUAAUGCAAAAUGUCCUCCUGGUCCUGAAGAGGCCAAUGAUGUAAAAUCAGAAACCCCUGAGCAGGAAAAAGCUGAGGAAAUCUCCCAUGAGUUAAGUUGUCCUAAUCUAGCAGAAGCUUGUCCUCCUUCUCAUGGAGAAACAAAGGAAAUAACUGAGGUUGCUACGAAGGCUGAUUUGGGGAAUACUGAGUCCAUUUGUUCAACAUCUGCAGAUACUGAAAUUACAGCAGUUAAAAAUGAAGCAGAUGGUAGGGUUGAUGACUCAAUGGCUUCUGAAACUUCUUCAAUAGAAAAGACUGCAAAUAAAACAGAGGAAUUGGAAAAGAAAGCAGAAGAAAAUGAUCUAAGAAAAGCUGAUGACCCACCUGUUACAAGUGGUUAUGUGAUUCCAAGUGAAGUUUAUCAGACCAUUUCAGACUUGUCCAGCUCUGUGAAAGAGGGAGUUGAAUGUAGAUUAGAUUCCCAGGAUGAAGUUCCUGGUGAAAAUGUAUUAUCCCUAAAAGAAUGUGUAACAGAGCCUGUAGAUGAUGUCAAAAGGACGGAUAAAACUGUAACUCUCUCUGCGGAACUAUUGGGUGGUACAGAAUGUGAUAAUAAAGAAUUGAAAAGUGAAGAUUCUACUUCUGCUGACCCAGAAAAUAGCAUUUUAGAUAGCACUGCUCUUGACAGUACAAGCCAAAAUGUACCACAGCAGAUCAGUACUGCUAAAGUAGAAGGCCCUGAGGCCUCAAAACUUCAGGAUGAUGAUAAACCACUUACUAUUUCACCAAAAUGUGAAAAAAAUGUGAAGCCUCGACACAAUAAAUCUGUAAUACAGAAUAAGCAAAAUCUGACUGCAGGUACUCGACAGAAAUCAGUUGCAGUGCAACAAGAAAUAACACAUUCAAAAACAAGAGCUGGUUCUGCUCUUUCAGGUCUACACGGUUCUUCUUCAGCAGGUGUGAAGCGUAAUGCAGAUGAGCAAGCUCACCAUCUAAAUAACCCCGUCAAAAUUAGGAAAAAACAAUCUGACUUGGGUUUGAAAACAAAGAGCUGUGUUUCAGGUGUCACAGUGAAAAAGCAGACCAACACAGUGCUGAAGAAAAUACCCCGUGUCCAGGCUUCUGGGCAAGUACAAAAAUCAUCAGUUCAAAAGCCACGUGAGAAAUCUCUUACUCAUCAAAGCUGUUCUAAAGAUACCCACCAGAGGCAAGCCCAGAAACAUCAACUCUCAACUCUGCCAAAAACAAGUAGCUCCACAAAGGAGGAGGCAGAGAUAAAAGAUGCCUCUGCUCUAGAACAUUUGAAGGAGGAUGACAAAGAAAAAAACAAAUCAAAAAGAAUUGAUAAGAAUCUUCAACCACGCCAGAGAAGAAGUAGCAAAAGCCUCUCACUUGAUGAACCCCCUCUGUUCAUCCCAGAUAACAUUUCAACUGUAAAACGGGAAGGUGUGGAGCAGGCACCUGCUAGUGAAAGCAAAUGUGUUUGGGUGCCCAGCAAACAGUGUGGCUUUUGCAAAAAGCCACAUGGCAACAGGUGUGUGUGGCUUUGUGUGCGUAGAGUCAUUUAG